CUUUUAAAGAAGGACCUUCAGCAGCGUUUGUGUAUCUAGCCUCUAUACCAUUGCACGACUACGAGCAGACAAUUUUCAAUCGUCCACAUCCUCGACAUGGGUUCCUCUCAUCCAGACGCUGACAUCUAUCCAAAGGCCACUGGUCCUGCUGCUCGCAUUGUUGCCGAGCACCAAAAGGAUCAACCUAUCACCCUUUAUUCUGGCUGGUUUUGCCCUUUCGUACAACGAAGCUGGAUAACCUUGGAAGAAAAGAAGAUACCAUAUAAAUACGUCGAGAUCAACCCGUAUCAUAAAGACCCAAGUUUCCUCAAAUUGAACCCGCGAGGACUUGUGCCGACUUUAGGCGCUCCAGCAAAGGAUGGCUCGACUAAGCCUCUCAUCGAAUCCAACAUCAUCUCGGAAUAUUUAGACUGGGCAUAUCCAAAGUCAGGGCCCAAAUUGUUCCCAGAAGACCCUUUCGAGAAUGCUCACAUGAAAAUAUGGGUCGACCACGUCACCACAAGAAUUCUUCCUGCUUACCAUAGAUUCUUGCAAUGGACGGAGAAAAGCCCGUACAGCCUAGAAAAGGCCAAAACCGAAUUUCUGGGUGCGCUCAAAACUUGGAUCCAACAGGCGGAUAUUGAAGGGCCUUACUUCCUCGGCAAGGACAUUAGCUACGCAGAUGUGUGUCUGGCACCCUGGGCCCUGCGGAUGUGGGUAUUGGACCAUUUUAAAGGAGGGUCUGGAAUUCCAGCUCCAGGCCAGGGAGGUGAAGACCAGCAAGUCUGGGACCGAUGGCACAAGUGGGUUGAGGCGGUUCAGUCCAGAAAGUCGAUGACGGAUACGCUCAGCGAGCGUGAGCACUACAUGCCUAUCUACCAGCGAUAUGCAGAAGACCGAGCUCAAUCUGAGAUGGCGAAGGCUACCAGAGAAGGAAGGGGUGUACCGUAGAUCGAAAGAGGGGCCGCCCAGAAGGAACAUGGCAGCCAUUUGGACUUUUCGGACUUGUGACUGAUAGCAAACUCCUUGCCAAAUACACCACUGUGUUGCGGCUUCACCGGAUUUUGUGCAGCGUAAGUUUGAGAAGUAAGAAAUGCACGCAAUAUCCUCGACGAAAGGAGGUUUCAGCCUUGUCCAGCAUUCCAAGGCAAGGCUGGCUGCUUU